UAACGUAUUUGCGAUUUGGCGAAGUCGACGGAUAACGGCGUCGGAUGGGCGCUGCUGUGGAUUCAAUCCGCCGACAGUAACUUUUAUUUCUGGCUGUGGAGGGGAAAUUCAUCUACAUGUGCCUGGCCUCAGAUGCUCCCCUGAUUUCUGUGCAUCGAGGACAUCCCUCUUGUGCAAACUGCAGAUAAGAUGGAGAAUGAGAUGAAGAGGAGGAAAUACUCCACCAGCAGCAACGACUCGGACACCACCGACAGUCAUGUGACCACCUGGUCACGGUCUUCAAAGAACACAGGGACCAGCAGCACAUGGGUACGCCAUGAGCAGAAGAAACCGUCUGAGGUGUUUCGGACCGAUUUUAUUACAGCCAUGAAGUUGCCUGAUUCAGCACAACUGAGCCCAGAGGAGUUUUAUUUCCUAUCCGACCCCUGGAGGCAGGAAUGGGAGAAGGGUGUUCAGGUGCCAGCCAAUGUGGAAGCCAUUCCCGAGCCUGUAGUCAGGAUGCUUCCGGAGGUCAAUCGAAUCCCGUUCUUUUCAGCGAUCCAAACCAGGGGCCAGUCAGAGUUUGGCUUUGGAGAGUCACAUGGUCUCACUGAGCCAUUGAGUUGUUACAAUCUUGAUGAUCUGGAUGUGUCCUGGCUUGAACUGGUUAAUGCUGAAUUCAGACAACUAGCACUUCCAGAGCUGGACGAGCUCACCAUGGAGCAGGUCGUGGUGGAGCUGGAGAACAGGUGUCAGCAGAACAUGCAGCAGGCCAUCGAGACCGAGGAGGGUCUGGGCAUCGAAUACGACGAGGACGUGGUUUGUGACGUGUGCCGCUCACCUGAGGGGGAGGACGGCAACGAGAUGGUCUUCUGCGACAAGUGCAACGUUUGUGUGCAUCAGGCGUGUUACGGGAUCUUGAAGGUGCCGCAGGGUAACUGGCUGUGCCGAAUCUGUGCCCUCGGAGUGCAGCCCAAAUGUCUGCUUUGUCCCAGGAGAGGAGGAGCUCUGAAACCCACUCGCAGUGGAACCAAGUGGGUCCACGUCAGCUGUGCCUUAUGGAUCCCUGAGGUAUUGGAAGUCAGUCUGGGAGUGUUCAAUUUUAGGAGCGCACCAAAAUAUCAGCUUUCGAAAAAUGUUCUGUUUCUGACUAAAGAGGCAAUGGCUGAAAAUCCUGCAUUCAACCGGAAAUUUGAACUUGUUCGCAUCCCAGCCAGUCGCUGGGCCUUGUCCUGUGGCCUGUGCCGUGAACACACAGGCACAUGUAUACAGUGCUCCAUGCCAUCCUGCAUCGUGGCCUUCCACGUGACCUGUGCGUUUGACCACGGACUAGAGAUGUGCACCACUCUGGCAGAGAACGACGAGGUGCGCUUCAAAUCCUACUGUCUAGAGCACAGCAGCGUCUCGCGCUCAAACAACAGCGGGAAUGUGGACAGACCCGAAACGCGACAUGCUGGUUCCGAUCUGUCGGGGACGCAUUUGGAUCGUUCGAAGCAGGGCCAAGCAGAACAGGAGAAAGCCAGCCAACGCAAGCAGAAGCUGCAAGAGCUUGAAAAUGAGUUUUACAGAUUCGUGGACCCCAAGGAUGUCGCAGAAAGCCUUUCUCUGCCAGACGUUCACGUGGACUUCCUCUUCCAGUACUGGAAGCUGCGACGAAAGGCCAACUUUAACCAGCCGCUGGUGGCCCUCAAGAGGGACGAGGUGGACAAUCUCGCCCAGCAGGAGCAGGACGUUUUGUAUCGCCGUCUGAAGCUCUUCACUCACUUGCGUCAGGAUCUCGAGAGGGUCAGAAACUUGUGCUACAUGGUCACACGCAGAGAGAAGAUCAAACACUCUUUAUGCAACCUGCAGGAGAAGAUCUUUAGCUUGCAGAUCCAGCUCUUAGAGAAGGACCUGGCUGGAGACAAAACUCGGAGAGGGGAGAAGAUUCAUCGCAGUGGAGUCAGGGAACGAGUGAAAGAAAGGAGGAAGAGUAGUCCAGAAAAGAAAGACAAAUGGAGAUCAGAUGACAACUCUCUAUUCACACAGCUGGGUUUCUCCAAAUCCUUCCCGCUGGACGGCUCGCUGUUCGACAGCUGGCUGGCUCAGUCCGUUCACAUCACGGCAGAUAACAUGCUGAGCCAGUGGUCUCUAUCCGGAGAGACGCGCGAUCCGUCGGUUAGCCUCCUGUCAGACCAGCUCCUGCAGGGCGAGGAGAGCCUGCUCAACCUCAUGAUGGACCACUCCAUCAAGUCCACCUGGAAGACGCCCCAGCUGGGCCGCAAGCCGAGGGGAGCGCCGCGCAGCCGCAGAAAAUCCGUCUCGCUCCCAAGAAUCGGAUCCACAGUUAAAGGCAAGGCCGAGAGAGCGCGUCAUGUUCACCAUCAUCACACCCGCAGCUGCGACGGCAGACCAGACCCUCUGCAGCCAGCCAUAUCCAAAAUGGACUCGUGCCACAUUUCCGAAGAAUGUGGCUCUUGCGGAUUCGUUGCGGAGAGCGGCAAGCGCUCGCAAAUGGCCUUGCGUCUGCGUCGACCUAGACAGGGCAAGUCACGCUCUAAGAGCAACUCGACGGAGACCUCCCUUCCCAAGAGCACUGGGAACAACACCUCCACACUCGACACUGAAACAGACGGCUAUUUCUCUGACGCCGAGCAGAGUGACAGUGAAUUGCGCUCGUUCAGCCGGAAGCUACGCUUGCCCCAAUUGCAUGCUGGGAAGGAGGAGGUAGUGCGGCGAAGCGUGCUUGCCUCCUGAAACCAUUUUCAGAUCCCCGUGACGUUUCUAGACCUACAGAUGUAAUAGUGUUUGUGUCAGAGUACACUACCAGUCAAAAGUGUUUG